AUGGAGGAGGUGGCAGGAGGAGGAGGUGGACAGAGGAGGAGGAGUUGGACAGAGGGAGGUUGGGGCAGGCAGGGGAGUUGGACAGAGGGAGGAGGGGUCAGAGGGACGAGGGGGCAGGCGGGGGAGUUGGACAGAGGGAGGAUGUGGGCAGGAGGAGGAUUUGGACAGAGGGGGGUGGGGGAAGGAGGAGGAUGUGGUUAUAGGGAGAAGGGGGUAGGAGGAGGAUGUGGACAUAAGGAGAAGGGGCAGGAGGAGGAGGUGGACAGAGGGAGAAGGGGGCAGGAGGAGGAGGUGGACAGAGGGAGAAGGGGGCAGGAGGAGGAGGUGGACAGAGGGAGAAGGGGGCAGGAGGAGGAGGUGGACAGAGGGAGAAGGGGGCAAGUGGAGGAGGUGGACAGAGGGAGAAGGGGGCAGGUGGAGGAGGUGGACAGAGGGAGAAAGGCAGUAGGAGGAGGUGGACAGAGGGAGAAGGGGCAGUAUGAGGAGGUGGACAGAGGGAGAAGGGGCAGUAGGAGGAGGUUGACAGAGGGAGAAGGGGCAGUAGGAGGAGGUGGACAGAGGGACAAGGGGGCAGUAGGAAGAGGUGGAGAGAGGGGCAAGGGUACAGGACGAGGAGGUGGACAGAGGGACAAGGGGGCAGGAGAAGGAGGUGGAGAGAGGGACAAGGGGGCAGGAGGAGGAGGUGGAGAGAGGGACAAGGGGGCAGGAGGAGGAGGAGGAGAGAGGGGCAAGGGGGCAGGAGGUGGAGGUGAAGGGAGGGACAAGGGGGUAGGAGGAGGAGGUGGUGAGAGGGACAAGGGGGAGGAGGAGGAGGUGGAGAGAGGGAGAAGGGGACAGGAGGAGGAGGUGGAGAGAGGGAGAAGUGGGCAGGAGGAGGAGGUGGAGAGAGGGAGAAGGGGGCAGGAGGAGGAGGUGGAGAGAGGGAGAAGGGGGCAGGAGGAGGAGGUGGAGAGAGGGAGAAGUGGGCAGGAGGAGGAGGUGGACGGAGGGAGAUGGGGGCAGGAGGAGGUGGACAGAGGGACAAGGGGGCAGGAGGAGGAGGUGAGGGAGGAGGGGGCAGGAGGAGGAAGUGGACAGAGGGAGAAGGGGGCAGGGGGAGGAGGUGGACAGAGGGAGAAGGGAGCAAGAGGCGGAGGUGGACAGAGGGAGAAGGGAGCAAGAGGAGGAGGUGGACAGAGGGAGAAGGGAGCAAGAGGAGGAGGUGGACAGAGGGAGAAGGGAGCAAGAGGAGGAGGUGAACAGAGGGAGAAGGGAGCAGGAGGAGGAGGUAGACAGAGGGAGAAGGGAGAAAGAGAAGGAGGAGGUGGACAGAGGGAGAAGGGAGAAAGAGAAGGAGGAGGUUGA